UACGCUGGGGAGAGGCUGGGGAAACCCAGCCAGAUGGGUGGGGUAUGAAUAAUAAAUUGUUAUUAUUAAAUUACUAUUUUGCCUUUGCACUCCUGGCAGCUGGGGGGGGCAAUGGCUCUCUCUCUUCGCCUGUAGUUUCCAGCAACAAGGUUGUUGUGAGAACGACAUGCUAUGCAGUUCUGAGGCAUGUGAAGAAUCGACAAACGUUACUGGUGAUUUGUUCUAAUCUCUGCUUUCCAGGUGACAAGGAGCCCAUUUAUGAAACGAUGGAUUCGCCUGUGGAAUCGCCCAGAGUAGAAGGGAAGGAGCCUCCGCCAAUGUCUGGACCUCUCCCUGUAAGUCAAGGCAUGGAUGACCAGCCAAACGCCCUGGACUCAACCGCUCCUUGGUUAGGUUCUGCAAAUGGGGUGUGAUGGGACUGAGAGGAUUAGGAGUGGCUGGGAGCGGGAUUUCUAAGUCAAUGAACUCCACCGUGCAACUCCCUUGGUCCUGAUCCGGACUCUUGGAAUUCCAAAGGUUCUGUAUGAAUUCGUUGGAACGGCCCUUUCUUCUGCACAUUUGAGAGUCUGUGUGCCUAAGGGUGAAUUUGUCAGGGACCGUGCUGAGGAGGGUGGGAGCCUCCCCCUCCCCCUGCUCCUGAUCCGGAUGCUGAAUCUUCCCAGGAGCAAGAGGACAGUAUAGAUUUGGAACAGCGGUUUGCAGAGGGACAUAGUUCAGAAGGCAGAAGCUGGGAAAUACUGGAUGGAGAACAGCUAGGAGAAGAAACUCUGGAAGAGAGAGGGUUAACAGAUUCACAGUCCCUGGACAACAUUCACCCCCCCUUCUCCAAAGUCACGGAGAGCUCAGAAAGUGGCAGAACAGAAAGCACAGAGGGCACAAGCUCAGAUUACAAGACGUAGGAGUGAUGUAGAUUAAUAGGGACAGAAGGGGGUGAAAUCCUUAAUUGGGAGCACCGCCAUUCUAGGAGAUUGUUUCUUUGUUCUCUCGCUGUAUAAGUUUCUAACUGGUAAGAAAACUCCUUUCCCUUUGCUCUGCUUAUCUACUGCCACGGGGGAGGAAGCCUGACAGAAUUUAAAGGACUCCCCCAGCCAGUGGCAUAGCUAGAGGGGCAAAUGUUGUGGAUUGCCCCGGGCGGCACUUACCUUUGGGGGUGGCAUGCCGAAGCCCAAGGUGGUUUUCCAGCCCAGACGCCCUGAGAGCCCAGCAUGUCACUCGCAAAAGCUGCUUGGGGCUGGGUUCAUAGUGUGUGCAAGCUGUUGUGUGUCCCCCGGCGCCGCUCUGGUGGCCGAGAAGGAUGCAACAGGCGCGCACCAGCGCCAUGAGUGGUGCUGAGCUUGCAGGUUCCCCAAAACACCACGUCCCUCCCCGCCACCAAGGAGCAAAAUCUCAGCAAAGGGAGGAUCAAAAUGAAGCCCACCCUUUCACGAUGAUCCAAUCUUUUUCAUUGCCCACCAUAUUCUUUCUCUUCACAGCCUCUGCCGGGUCCUUGCCCCGGACUGGACACAAACUACAUGGUAAGUUCUUAACCCUGUGGGAAGCUUAACUGGACUUUUCAUUUCUUCCUAUAUCCAUAGAAAUGUAAGCCCGUCGUCACGCUUUGCAGUUUGCAUGCCGGCCCGACCACUGGGACUACAAAGGGAAGCAUCGCCUGACAUCGCUAUGAAGUCAGGUGAUUGACAGGUGGGCAUCUGUCACCUUUGGCCUGCCAGGAGCUUGGGAAAUCAAGAUCUGCCCUGCCAGCCAGGAAAGGUCCCAGACCUUUCUGCCGCAAGGGAUGGGGCAGGUGGGGUUGUUGUGAGCUAUAAGGGGAGGGAAGCGGGUGGCGGUGAGGUCUAAGGCUGGGUAGACUGGGUUGCUGAGCAGGGGAUCACCAUCUCUGGGCAACCUUUGGAAGGUCAUAGAAUCAUAGAGUAGAAUCUUAGACUUAGAAGGGACCCUGAGGGUCAUCUAGUCCAGCCCCCUGCAAUGCAGGAAUAUGCAGCUGUCCUGUACGGGGACUGAACCUGCGACUUUGGCGUUAUCAGUACCAAGCUUUAAUCAACAGCUUGGGACCAGUUUACCUGUGAGAUUGCCUUAUCCGAUUUAUUCCCGCACGGCAUUUAUUCCUGCAUUGUGGGGGGCUGGACUAGAUGACCUUUGGGUACGUUCCAACUCUACAAUUCAAUUCUAUGGCGGCUCCAAUCUGUGGAGCUGGUGCCAGAUAAUACUCAUUCCACAUGAGAACUCCUUGUCUAUUGACGCCAGGCAGGCACCUUCCUUGUACUCUUCUGCACACCUAUUAGAAACAUUUUUGUUUAGGCAAGCCUAUUUAAGUCACGUAGAAUGCUGGCAUGGACUUUCAUCCGGUUAUUAGCUUAGCGUUGACUCUUAAUUAUUUUGUGCAGGUGUUAAAUUUCUGUUUCGAGCUGGUUUUUACAGUUGAUCUUAUAGUUUUAUUCGUUUGGUGAACUGAUUUGAGGUUGUUUUGCAAUCAAGAGGUAGAUCAGCUUUGUGAAAUUAAUAAACAGGGUUCCUUUCCUCUUUAAUUUUUAGGAGUUGCUUCGCAGAGCAGAAUCCAUUUAUGCCGAGAUCAAGAGGUGAUUCCUUGCCUUGAAAGAUGCUCCUCUGACUGCCCCCCCCGUGCCAGCUCCCCCGCUCCCUGAGAACUGACCCAUUCCAGUAUUUUGGGAUGUGAAUUCUCCAUCUCCUGUCAUAUUGCUCUCUCUUGUCUGCUGCUGGCAGGAUCUAGAAUCCUUUCGCCUUAAGACUGUGCAUACAGCGAAGAAUUUCAACCUACCGCCAAGUUCAAAGGCGAUCGAGCCCAGGACUUUUCUCCUGAUGGGAUGGAGGAGCAAGACAGAGCUUGCUGUUGCCUGGGCAGUUCGAUCUCAUCUCUUCCUAAAAAUGGACCACCAUGCGUGGCUAAAGUCUUGCUCCUUUUCAAGGAACCCUGGCGGCGGGAGGAAAUAUUUCUGCUUGCGAUUGCGAUUAUUUUGGUCUUCUGGGCUUUUUCCGAUAAUCCCAUUUUUGUGUGUGUUUUUUUAAUAGCAGCAAUCUGCUUUGGUGCUCAGAAAGUCUUUCUGUUUCCUGGAGGGCUGCUCUGCAAAGUGUUGGAGGGGUGCUUUGACUCCCCCCACCCACAAGAACUACUUUCUUUGCAAGCUGUAGAUCAGGAAAUGGGAGGCCACACACACACACACACUCUUUCAGGUCAUCCGUAUAGUUCAAGCUAUGGUUUUCCCAGUAGUGAUGUAUGGAAGUGAGAGCUGGACCAUAAAGAAGGCUGAUCACCUAAGAAUUGAUGCUUUUGAAUUCUGGUGCUGGAGGAGACUCUUGAGAGUCCCAUGGACUGCAAGAAGAUUCAACUUCUCCAUUCUGAAGGAAAUCAGCCCUGAGUGCUCACUGGAAGGACAGAUCCUGAAGCUGAGGCUCCAAUACUUUGGCCACCUCAUGAGAAGAGAAGACUCCCUGGAAAAGACCCUGAUGUUGGGAAAGAUGGAGGGCACAAGGAGAAGGGGACGACAGAGGACGAGAUGGUUGGACAGUGUUCUCAAAGCUACGAACAUGAGUUUGACCAAACUGCGGGAGGCAGUGGAAGACAGGAGUGCCUGGCGUGCUCUGGUCCAUGGGGUCAUGAAGAGUCGGACACGACUAAACAACAACAACAACAACAACAACAACAACAACAACAACAACAACAACAGGGCUCUUCCAGAACACCUCUAUUUUAAGCCUGAAUUCAACCGUGCCCUGGAAAAUUCAGGUUAAGCAGUGAUCGUUGAUGGGGAGGUCUUGCUCAAAACCCUGCUUCCCCCAAAGAUCUGACUUUUUGCAAGAAGGAAGCUGUGGGGGUGAUUCUUGCUUUGACGCAACAUCCUCUGACCUCCCCACAAAACAGAUCGGAACGGAUACUCUCUAAAUCGCUGGUGUCUCUAAUCUGUUUGGAAGUGCCCUUAGUUUAGGAUCUUUCCUUCCUUCCUUUCCCACACAUGUGAGGUUUGAAAAGUCUCUUCUCCUGCGUAGUCAGCACUUUAGACUAAAGCAAAGAUAUGUAUUAGAUUGGAGGGGUGCGUGGAUGUCAGCCUUGUCAGAUUUUCUUUUUUCUUUUUUACAUGAAUCCCCAGAGCUACAAACCACUGCUGGUUAUAAAAGAUAGGCUGUAAAGGGUUUUUGUUUUUAGUCGGAUACUGUCAGCCUGGGUAGCUCAGUUAGUUAGAGCAUGGUGCUGAUGAUGCCAAGGUUGCAGGUUCGAUUCCCGUAUGGAUAGCUGCAUAUUCCUGCAUUGUAGGGGUUUGGACUAGAUGACCCUUGGAGUCUCUUUAUGAUUCUGAAUACUCCUUGCUGGAAUCGCAAGCAGGCUUUGUGUUGGCCAUCAAUGGGACAGGAUCCUGGAAUAGGCUGUCCAGUGGCCUGAUUCAGCAGCAGCUUCUUAUUGCUAUGCUCUUAAUUAAAGAGCAGGAUGCCCCCGUUCUGAGCCUUGGGAUGAGUUUUCAGUGCCACAGCUGAACUGAGUUUACAGUCCUUUUGCAAAAAAAAACAACCCCACCUCCGCUCCCGGUGAGAUUUCUUCAUUUCAAGCAGUCUAUCUGAUAUAAGGAAUGUCGUGUUGUUAUCACUGUCAAACAAAUGGAGAGCCAGGGGACCCGGCUGCAAGUCGACCAGAUGUCUAUGCUUAGAUAUUGUUGUAGCAAAACGGUAUAUAAAUUGUUGAAAUAAAUAAAUGAAGUAAGGU